UUACGCGCGGAGCUCGACGUUAUCUGUCCCAAACGCUGUAGACUGAUAUCUGAUUUAGAUUCGUGUCAGCAGCCGACGCGUCCGCUGAUUCCGUCGCACGGCGCAGUGCCCCGCACGUGGUAAACGUGGGAUCGCGGAGAGGAGAGGAGGAGAGCAUGUCGUUCCGAGGCGGCGGCAGAGGCGGGGGCCGAGGCGGCUACGGCCGGGGCGGCGGCGGCGGCGGCGGCGGCUUCGGCCGGGGCGGAGGCGGAGGAUUCAACCGCGGAGGCGGCGACUUCCGAGGGGGCGGCCGAGGCGACGGCAGAGGCGGCUUCGGACGCGGCGGGGGCGGCCGAGGAGGCUUCGGUCGAGGCGGAUACGACCAGGGGCCCCCCGAGAGCGUGGUCGUGCUGGGAGAAUUCGUGCACCCCUGCGAGGACGACAUCGUCUGCAAGUGCACCACGCAGGAGAACAAAGUGCCCUACUUCAACGCGCCCGUCUAUCUGGAGAACAAGGAGCAGAUCGGGAAAGUGGAUGAGAUAUUUGGCCAGCUGAGAGACUUUUAUUUUUCGGUCAAGUUGUCGGAAAACCUGAAGGCCUCUUCCUUCAAAAAAUUACAGAAGUUUUAUAUUGACCCUUAUAAGCUGCUGCCCCUGCAGAGGUUUCUGCCUCGGCCGCCGGGCGAGAAGGGUCCUCCGAGAGGCGGUGGGAGAGGAGGGGGCCGCGGAGGAGGCAGAGGCAGAGGCGCGGGAGGUGCCAGAGGGGGUGGUUUUAGAGGCGGAAGAGGCGGUGGAGGUUUCCGAGGCGGAAGAGGCGGCGGAGGCGGUUUCAGAGGACGAGGACGUUAAGCGAGGCUCGACGCGUCAACCACAGCGACGGCUCUGCCCGACUGAGGACGCGGUUCUUCUGUGGAUCGGAAGAGUCUUUUUUAAGCAAAUCAGAUUCCAAGGAACCGGUCGCUCUCUUUGACGGUCGCCUCGCAACGUUGCCGUUGCGACAGGCAGAACGAUGCUGUGAGGAAAUGCUGCUCCGUGAGAGCGAGGACCGAGUCUUUUGAUACGUUCUGUACAGUCUCUAGCACCCCGUGGGUGCUUAAUAAAUGUUACAUAACAAUUUACA